AUGGGAUCCUCCAACAGUGACUAUGUGCUCUACCAGUACACACCCAAUCUUGUAUGCGCAGUAAUAUUCGUUGCAUUAUUCGCCUUGACCACUACCUUCCACCUAUAUCAGCGGAUCCGCACUUGCGCCAAGUACUUCAAUCCCUUUAUUGUUGGGGGAAUAUUCCAGAUCAUCGGUUAUGCAGCCCGUGCUGUCUCUCAUUUUCACACAACUUCGACUACUCUCUACGCCAUGCAGACUCUACUCAUCUUGUUGGCACCGACCCUUUACGCUGCAUCAAUUUACAUGGUUCUGGGAAGGGUCAUCACAUUUCUACAUGGAGACCAUUUGAGCUAUGUGCCUGUUCGAUAUAUGACCAAAAUAUUUGUCUUUGGAGAUGUGCUAUCCUUUAUUCUGCAAGGCGCAGGUGGUGGUGUUAUGAGUAGUGGAUCUGGAUCUGCAAAAGCCCUGGUGGCUGGCCAGUGGAUCAUUGUCGCCGGACUCUGCGUACAGCUUGUCUUCUUUGGAGCUUUUCUGAUUACCUCUAUGCUCUUCCACUACAGAAUCGUUCGGUCACCCACUCAUCAAUCCGAGAACUUGAUAGACAUUGGUGGACUUAUUCCGCGAGAUUGGCGAGGACUUUUGUUCGCACUCUACACUGUUAGUGUGUUGAUUCUGGUUCGAUCUAUUUAUCGUGUCAUUGAAUUCACCCAAGGUAACAGUGGCUAUGUGAUUAGCAACGAGGUGUUCCUUUACGUUUUUGAUUCUGCCAUGAUGUUCCUGGUGAUGUUAGUGAUGAAUGUGUUCCAUCCAUCUAUUGUUCUGCGAAUCGACCAGCGACUCGGCACAACUGAGUCCAAGAGCGAGCUCCCGCGCGGAGAGACAGUUUAA